AUGAAUCUCUUCAGGCUGCUAGCGGACCUGUCGCAUCUGGUCUCAAUCUUCAUCCUUCUUCACAAGAUGAAGGUCUCGAAUUCGUGCUCAGGCAUCUCCUUCAAAACCCAAGCGUUAUAUUUUCUCGUCUACGUGACGAGGUACCUUGAUCUUUUCUGGACCUUCACCGACAGCGCAUGGAACACCAUCUUCAAACUCAUCUUCCUCUCCUCCUCGCUCUACACCCUCUACGUAAUGUUAAACGACUACAAGCCGACGCACGAUCCGAACCUCGACACAUUCCGCGUUUCUUACCUCACCGGAGGCUCUGCGGUCCUCGCUUUACUUUUUCCUUAUCGCUACACCAUCCCCGAAGUGCUGUGGGCAUUCUCCAUCUGGCUUGAGAGCGUCGCCAUUCUGCCGCAGUUGUUCAUGCUUCAAAGGACGGGCGAGGCCGAGACCAUCACCACACACUAUCUCUUUGCGCUGGGGAUAUACCGUGCCUUGUACAUUCCGAACUGGAUCUACCGGUGGUUUGCAGAGGGGCAUUUUGAUCCGAUUGCCGUGGUCGCCGGCGUGAUACAGACUGUUCUCUAUUCGGACUUCUUCUGGGUUUAUUACACCAAGUGA